GAUUGCAAUCCAAUUCAAUCGAAUUACCUAAUUUGACUGAACUAUCUAAUUUGACUGAUCCAACUAAACUAUUUGAUCCAACUGAACUAUCCAACCUAACUGGACUAUCCAACCCAACUGGCCUAUCCAACCCAACUGAACUAUCCGACCCAACUAAACUAUCUGAUUCAACUGAACUAUCUGAUUUAAUUGAACAGUUUGAUUCAAAUAAGGUGUUUGAUAUAUUUAUUGAAGAUGCUGUUGAUACACCUGCUGUUUUACUUAGCAUCUAG